UCUCAGAAUUUAUUGGUUCGAAUUAUGGCUAUUCGUUGUCAGUUCGAAGCAAGUAAUGAAGUCGGUGUUUUCUGUAAGCUAACUAACAGUUAUUGUUUGGUUGGAAUUGCAGCAUCCGAAAACUUUUACAGUAUAAUAGAAGGCGAACUAGCUGACGUAAUACCAGUGAUUCACUGCUCCAUUGCUGGAACUCGAAUCGUUGGACGAGUAACAGUUGGUAAUCGAAAAGGACUAUUGGUGCCGAACGAUACUACUGAUCAAGAACUGCAGCAUCUCAGGAACAGUUUGCCGGAUAAUGUGAACGUAAGAAGAGUAGAUGAAAAACUGUCUGCGCUGGGAAAUGUCAUUGCAUGUAAUGAUUAUGUUGCAUUGGUGCAUCCUGAAAUCAGUAAGGAAACGGAAAAGGCUCUGGAGGAAGUUUUACAAGUGGAAGUUUUUAGAAUGAGUUUGGGCAACCAUGCUCUAGUUGGUUCAUAUGCUGUUCUUAGUUCCCAAGGAGCUCUUGUUGAAGCAAAAACUUCUCCUCAAACACAGCGUGAAUUAGCUGCCUUAAUUCAAGUCCCCGUUGUUGCGGGCACCGUUAACAGAGGCUCGGAUCUGGUUGCCGCUGGCUUAUGUGUUAACGAUUGGAUUGCUUUCGCUGGUCUCGACACAACGAGUACAGAACUGUCAGUCAUUGAAUCCUUAUUUAAACUUGGUGAUCGUGAGGCAUCAGCCAUAACGGGUGAUAUGCGUAAUGCCCUGAUUGAUAGCACCAUGUAAUGGAAGUUACUUCUCUGGAGAAUAGAUGAUUUCUCCAGAAGAAAUAUAUCUGCCAGGAUUAUUACGAUUCAUAUAAAUCCUUCAAAUCCUUUUAUCCUUGUGUAAUAAGGCUAUGUUUUUUUUUAUUCAUCUAUAUCUCUGACUAUGUGUUUUCUUGUCAGGAAAGCUAAUUUGUUGAUUUCGUUUGUCAGCGAUAUAGGUUUAUUCGGAUGUAAUAUUGUUCUUGCACAAUAUAGUUAACAACAAAAAAUAAAGUGUAAAGUACACAGUAAAUUGGUAAGCAGUGAUGAGUAUACAAUAAACAAUAUGAUCAGC